AUGUGGCCGUCAACGUCACUCCUUUUCUCCUCUCUGGCUCUGCGAUUUGCAGCAGCGAAUGCCCAGGCUCUGGCCACAGUCACUUACGGACCCAGCGGACCUUGUCCAGUGCCAUCCGUCACCAGCAUCGUCGUUGUACAACCAGGCUACUACAGCUCUUUCUUUCAGUCAGCCUCGCAGAUUGUGAAUCUCUUUGGUAACGGUGAUACGGUUACGAUUCAAAAUGCCCCGACGACGUACAUUACAAACACAUACAUUACCACGACCAUCAUCUCCACUAUCACGAACGUUGUGAGCUCUUCAACCACGACGAAGACUCCGUUUAGCAGCUCUUCCGGCUCUACCAGCACUGGCAGCCCUAGCAGCUCUAGCAGUGUGAGUGAUGGACCGGUUACCACAACUGGAACUGCUGCUUCCUCGCCAUCGACGUCCGUUUCGAUAACUUCCACCGUGACUUUGACCACGACAGCUUCGGGGACUUCAUCAACUUCUACCGCGGAAUUCACGCCUAUUCCUCCUCCUGUUACGACACCGACCCCGCCACCAGUCCUGACUUCUACAUCGAUCGAUGCGCAGGGAAACACCAUUCUCAUCCCGAUUACGCAGCCACCACUGGUUCUUGGCGAGGGACUGCCAUCGGGAACGGUAACAGAUCUCCCAUCAUCAUCAGCGGUCAUUGUAGGCAUUGCAGUUGCCGGUCUGGGUGGAGCGAAGGUGAAGAGACAGAACUCAGGCGCCCAAGCUUCUGAGCUGCUUUCGGGGGAUGAGGGCGGCUCCAGCAAUGCAUGUGACGUUGCCGUCAGGUAUUUUCUACAACGCGGUCAACUAACAAAUGGUACCGAUGUGGUUGGCCGCAACACCAUUGACUCUUUCGCCCUCAUAACGCCUGAUCCCGAUACCAACAAUGUCACCACAGUGUUUUCUUUUGUUGAUGGUAUUUUGAACUGGAAUUCGGCCGACCAAGGUGCUGCCACCUUCUAUCGCUGUGGUGAUAACAAAGUGUGGGCUGGAUUUCCGUCUCCUCCUCAGCCUGAUUGCUACAACGUCACCUUGGGCGGCAUUGUUGCUAGUGCUUGCCCCGUCCCUUUUCGGGAUCCGGACGCUACUACCUCAUCAACGACCAGCUCUUCCAGCACUCCAACUUCAUCAGAUGUGCCGACGACGACCCCCGAGACGACUACAACUGCUGAAGCGACUACAACCCCCGAGGCGACUACAACUCCUGAAGCGACCACGACUCCUGACACGUCAACAACCCCUGAGGCGACUACAACCCCCGAGGAGACGACAACUCCCGAUGCAACGACAACUCCUGAGGAGACGACAACCCCCGACGCCACUACAACUCCUGAACUGACCACGACUACAACUCCUGAUUCGGAGAGUCCGACAUCGGCCACGACAACACCUGAACCCCCAUCCUCGAGCAAGUCAUCAGGUACCCCUUCUCCUUCGUCAAGUUCACCACCAGUCGUAACAAGCUCCCUGUCAGAGACCAGCCAACCUCCCGUGGUUUCAACCACCUCAAGUGCGCCGCCGGUGACUACGGGACCCGCGUCCACUAGCUCUCCAUCAUCUGCGUCGAUAAUGACGAGCUCAACAAACGUAGGGCCUGCGCAAUCCAGCUCGACAAGUGUUGCCCCUGCACAGUCAAGUUCAAGUGCUGCCACUAGCCGGUCAAGCUCUACGAGUGUUCUGGUGCAAUCCAGCACGACUGCUGUAGUCCCAACGACACCUGUUGUGACCACCGGCGGCACCACAGGUGGACCAAGCUAUACAUCCCCUGGCAGCCAAAAGUACGAGCAAUCCCAGCUCGACGACUUCAGCAGGUAUAGUGUCUUCCUCUCCUUCCUCAUCCACUGUCAUCCCCAGUCCAAGUACUACAUCCCUGUCCUCAAGCAGCAACCCUGUGGUACCAACUACAUCGUCCUCAGUGCCGGUAGCUGGUACUACAUCUUCGACAAAUGCAGCUACGACAGCUGGUGCUACUUCGUCUCCAGCCACUACACUCGGGCAAUCAAGCACAAGUUCAUUAGCAGCAAGCUCCGCGUCGACAAGUACUGCUGUAAUCAACCCUACGACAACAAACCCGGUACCGACGACGAAUCCAGUACCGACGACUUCUUCAAGCCCGAGCUCUAUGACUACAAGCACUCUGGUCACCACUCCGGUGCCGACAACAGCACAAGGAACAACUCAAACCUCUAUUGUAGGGUCUCCUACAACGAGUAA